AUGCAUUUAGUUACAUUACUACUGAUAAUACUGAUACACUUAAAUUAACUCAAACUAAAAAGUUUCAAACGAUAAAAGACUUAUUUGUGCAUUUAAAUCUGUUGAUACAAAUUGUAGUUUAUAGAAUAGUUGUGAACCAUUAAAUAUAUAAACUGCAAAAACCCAUAACGAUUCAACUUUCUUUACAUUUGCAGGAAAAUUAAAAAAAGUACAGAUUCAAUUAUUCUAACGUUAUCAACUUUUUGUGCAAACUAUAAAAUUGAUUAGGCUUUGUCCAUUACAAAAAAUAAGAACUAUGCUGGGAUUGAAAGUUAUUACUUAUCUAACUAAAAUUGCUACAGAAACAUCAGUCUAUAAGUAAUCUAUGUUUAUUUCAGGUAGUACACGAGAUAAUAUUCUGCUUGCUCAGAUUUUUAUUCAGCUUAAAGUUUAGCAAUAUUUGGGUCUUUUAAAGCAAGAUGCUGUAUGAAAAUUUUAUAUUUCUGUUAAUUGUCCGACUAAAAUUCCAAGUUCAUCACCAACAGAUUCAUAAAAUUUCUUUUAAUUGUAGAAGUACCAAAGAAUACACUGAUUAUUGUAGUUUAGUAAGUGAUAAAACUAUUUGUGUAAUAUCCAAUAAUGCAAAUAGUACUAAUAUAACAAUACCUACAAUAGGAAGUUGAGAUAGAUAAAAUACUGCAAAUUCAGAUGCAUUUAAAUCUACAUAUCAUAAAGCCCAAAUUGCAAAGAUAGAACUUAAUUCUGUAUAUAUAAAACUAACCACAAAUGAUGCUGAUAAAUAAACAUAUUGUUUAAGCAAAUUAAUGUUGA